AUGCUGCAUUGCGUUCCGCGCGGAGAUCGCAAAACCGAGGCUCCCUGUCACGUGUCGCGGCUCCACGAGGGAAUCGUGACCUCGGUGGACGCCGCCUGCUUCGAGGGCGUUUCGCUGGUGAUCUCGGGGGGCUCGGACCACUCCGUAAUUCUCUACAAGCUGGAGAAAGCCUCGCUGCGGUGCCAGUGGACGGCGAAAGAGGCGCACGAGUCGGUGGUGACGGGCGUGAUGCUGGGCGUGGGGAUGGGGAUGGGGAUGGCGUACUCGGUGGGAAGGGACGGCGUGUUGGUGGUGUGGAACGAGGAGAACGGCGAGGUUGUGGGGCGGCUGCGGCACCAUCGAGCGAAGAUCGUGGGGCUGUGCCAGUCGCCGGAUGGGCGGUUUGUGGCGACGGCAGCGGCGGAUCGGAGCGUGUUUGUGUAUGAUGUGAGCAAGAAAAUGAAGUGCGUGGAGAGGAUUGAGACGGAGGAGGAGCCGUCGGCGCUGUCGUUCUUGAACGGGUCGAUCGUUUGCGGGUUUGUGUCGGGGAAUGUGAAGCUGUGGAGCGUGUCCGGACUGCUGCAGUAGUGGUCAUGGAGUGUAUCUUUGCGU